CAUGCUCCGCGGCGCCCGGCACCAAUAUGGCCGUCGCCGCUGCCGGCGCGGGCGCCCAGAGCCGGCCGUUGGUGGGCAUGCUCCCUGAGCGCCCUGCGCCCGCACGGCGGCCGCCUUCCCGGGGGUGACUUUAAUUCUCGGCUUCCGGUUGUAGCUGGCCGGCGCUCAGUGCUCAGCUCGGUGGAGCCGGGAGAGGGAAAGUGCUGCGGGGUGGACGGUGAGAGCGGACCGCGAGCAUCGACGGGAGAAGAUGGCUGAGGGCGAGCGGCAGCCGCCGCCAGAUUCUUCGGAGGAGACCCCUCCAGCCACUCAAAACUUUAUCAUUCCGAAAAAGGAGAUCCACACAGUUCCAGAUAUGGGCAAAUGGAAGCGUUCUCAGGCGUAUGCUGACUACAUCGGCUUCAUCCUAACCCUCAAUGAAGGCGUGAAGGGGAAGAAGCUGACCUUUGACUACAGAGUCUCUGAGACCAUUGAGAAGCUGGUAGCUCUUCUUGAUACCCUGGACAGGUGGAUUGAUGAGACCCCUCCGGUGGACCAACCCUCCCGAUUUGGGAACAAGGCCUACAGGACCUGGUAUGCCAAACUCGACCAGGAAGCGGAAAACCUGGUGGCCACAGUGGUCCCUGCCCACCUGGCAGCCGCUGUGCCUGAAGUGGCCGUGUACCUGAAGGAGGCCGUGGGGAACUCCACACGCAUCGACUACGGCACAGGCCAUGAGGCCGCCUUUGCUGCUUUCCUCUGCUGUCUCUGCAAGAUUGGGGCGCUCCGGGUAGACGACCAAGUGGCUAUUGUCUUCAAGGUGUUCGAUAGGUACCUCGAGGUUAUGCGAAAACUCCAGAAAACUUACAGGAUGGAGCCUGCGGGCAGCCAGGGAGUGUGGGGCCUGGAUGACUUCCAGUUCUUGCCCUUCAUCUGGGGCAGCUCGCAGCUCAUAGACCACCCAUACCUGGAGCCCCGGCACUUUGUGGAUGAGAAGGCGGUGAAUGAGAACCACAAAGACUACAUGUUCCUGGAGUGCAUCCUGUUCAUCACGGAGAUGAAGACCGGCCCGUUUGCAGAGCAUUCCAACCAGCUGUGGAACAUCAGUGCUGUCCCCUCCUGGUCCAAAGUGAACCAGGGCCUCAUACGCAUGUAUAAGGCAGAGUGCCUGGAGAAAUUCCCUGUGAUCCAGCACUUCAAGUUCGGGAGCCUGCUGCCCAUCCAUCCGGUCACAUCGGGCUAGGAGAGGCCGAGCCACCAGAGCUACCCUGGCCAGGUUCCUGUGCCCUCUCUGACCCGAUACCCUUCCCACUCUCCCUCUGUUCUUUCUAUUUGAUGAGAGGCUGUUUACUGGGGUGGGGUGGCGAGCAGAGCCUGAGGAAGGCCUGGAGCCAAAGGCACAUGAGCCUGAGUUGGGAGAAGUGACCAGUUUCUGACUGCCCCUCUGCUAGGCGGGCAAGAAGAGGGGCUGGGACCUGGUCCUGGCCCUGUCCUGGGUUCCUGGCCUCCUGGCCUGCCUUCUCUCUGCCCAGUCCCAGGCUGAGACUAGGGCAUCUUGCUCUUUCAUUGCUUUCCCUUGCUAAGAGUGUGAGUUGCUGUUCCUCCAGGGGUAGGUCAGUUUCCCAAGCCAUGCUCCCCUGGGUGUCUGCUGUGGGGCUGGAGGUUGAGGCUGGUGGCAGCUGUGGGGAGGGUGGGUGGGAUUCAUGGUGGAGGGCUGUGACUGUUGGGGCUGGCCUUCUCGAGGUGGCCUCCUGGGCCUGGCACAGACCCUCAUUCAGGUUUUUGUUCUCUGGCCCUUGGCUUUGCCAGGUUUCCUGGCCAUUGCUGAAACCUCCCCACUUCCCAGGAGUAGCCUGGUUAUGGAAGCUGCCUGGGUUCUUGGGAAAGCCUGCCUGACUGGGCGAGGCCUGUCUUUCCAGAAUUGCCUCUGGAGGGAGAGGGUGGCCGAGACUCAGGGAAGGCCGGAGCUGUUGUGUUGGUGCAGAGCCGGGGUUCUUCCAGGUGGUCUUUGGCCUGCUGCUUCUGCUACCUCCUUGAUGCUUUGAGCAGCCUUGAGUUUCACCUGAGGCCCUUGGCUUGCUGCUCUGCUCCCUUGGGCAGGUUUGUGGCUGGUGUAGAAGGGCAGGGCAAGCAGCAGCCCUUCCCAGCCUGGGCACUUACUCUGGGCAUGGGCAGGGCUGCUGAAGAGUUCUUGGCCACAGCUCACCAGUUUCCUCCAGUGCUGUGGCUGAGCUGGUACCCAUAGGCUCCCUUGCCCUACUCAGGCCUGCCCUUCUCCACGGCCCUUCCUUGUAUCUGGGUCUACAGAGCCAUUGAGGAGUGGCCACCGAGAAGCACAAUCCAGUGACUUGGCUGGGGAUGGGCGAUGGUCUGGACAGAGCUGGGACUAGAGUCAUCAGAGUCACAGAGUUUCCCAGGGGAGGCCCAGCGCCAGCCUCCCUCCCAGGGCCAAGUCAUUAUCGCCUUCCUGGCCCCUCCUGUGUCCCUGGGCCCCCAGCCCUGACCUUCCUUGCUGUUCGGAUUAAAGCCUCUGUUUUACACCUGUCA